AUGAAGGCAUCAAACUCUUCACAAAUGCCUUCAGGUUUGCUGCCUGCCCAGCAGCAGCAAGAGCGUCCACUGCUGUGCUCCCCACAGCACCAACAGCUGGUACAGGCCUCCAGACAACAUCAGGUGUUACAGCCAAGUCGCCAGCAGCACCCUCAGCAGCAGAACUCACCUCAUCAGAAUCAACAACAGCAACAGUCUAAGUGCAAUAGUCACCCCCCGACAGGAUAUUCUCAUCAGCAGCCAAGGUUCCUGGUCCGGGAUAUUGGCGACAGAAAUUAUGAGUUUUUAUCUCAUGUGGGAUCAGGUGCCUAUGGGCAAGUGUUCAAGGCCAGAGAUAAGAGCAAGAAUGGUGCGUUCGUAGCUAUCAAGCAGAUCGUGGUUCGUAGGCAGGGCCGACAUUUUGAAGCUGGUAUGCCCAUGGCAGCUAUCAGAGAAAUAGCCUUACUGAAACAGCUGGAGAAUACGGAGCAUCCUAACAUUGUCAAACUUUUGGAUGUGCACCACCAGGUGAUUUCAGAUAGGGAUAUCUCUCUGUCUCUGGUCUUUGAAUUCAUUGAUCAGGAUUUAAACACAUACCUUGAACGAUGUCCACCUCCAGGUUUAGGCCCUGACCGAAUCCGGGACUUGAUGGUGCAGAUGGUCAAUGGGGUCGACUUUCUUCACAGUAACCGAAUCAUCCAUCGAGACCUGAAGCCUCAGAACAUCUUGGUUACACAUGAUGGCAUCCUCAAACUGGCUGAUUUCGGCCUGGCCAGGGUGUACGCCACCGACAUGAAGCUGACAAGUGUGGUGGUCACCUUGUGGUACAGAGCUCCUGAAGUUCUUCUGACCGGUCAGUACUCCACAGCAGUGGACAUGUGGAGCUGUGGAUGCAUCUUUGCUGAACUCCACCUCAGGCGGCCACUUUUCAAAGGCAGCUCAGAAGGGGACCAGCUAAAGAAAAUCUUUGAUGUUAUCGGUCUUCCAGAAUCUUCAUUAUGGCCAGAAUCAGCUGCUCUUAUGUGGGCAUCAUUCCGGCCAUCACUGCCACCUCCCAUUGAUCAUUUCGUUCCUGAGAUUGAAAAUCAAGCCAAAGAUUUGUUAGAGAAAUUACUCAUAUUCCGCCCAGAACAGAGAAUCAAUGCAAGAACUGCCUUAAAUCAUACAUACUUCCGAGAUGAUCUAGACAGCAUGCGAACCUCAAGUUCUCUGUCCACAUCAGAAACAGAUUCCAUCUCAGGUAGUCGGUCAGAUACACCUGUCAGCAAGUGA